AGUAUUUUUUGCAAUAGCUUCAAAUUCUUACCUGAAGAGUAUUUUUUGCAAUAGAAAUAUGUAUGAUAGGUCUAAAUCAAUUUCCAAUACCGACAGUAGAAUUUGAAACUUAAAAAAGGUACAGGGAUCUAUAAACGUUAAUUUUAAGGUAAAAUGGACGUCUUAGAUAAUUUAUUACAAUAUAUAUGAUUUUAGAGCUUAAAAUCUAAAUUUUUUUUACAACUAAUAUGUUGAAGCCCUGAUGAUCAGUUAUUCGAUGCUUGAAUUGUAAUUUUUGAUGAAUCAUGGGGGUGAUGAAGCUCUACUUACUUUGAUAAAUGGGUUGGAGCCCUGUCAAACCAUUUUCCUAAUAAUUAUUCGUCUUCUUUUUCUUUUUGGUGGCUGAGCCCGGGUUUGAACCUUAAACCUAUCGAAGAUCUGUCUCUUUCUCUACCGUUAAAGUCAGAGCUCUGAGCUUCCAUGGCGUCUCCAAUCAAGAUGGACGAAAAUGAUGGAGAUCCAGGCCUUGAAGAGCUUGAGGGGUUUGAUGAUUUCACUCUUGCCUCUGGAUGGGAAAGGUUUAUAUCUGAAAUAGAGGCUCCAUGUCGGUUGUGGCUUCUCGAUGGUUCAAAGAAUUUGGUGGGUAAGGGUGCAGAGCUUGUACUUGCUCCAAAGAACCUAUAUAAGGUCAAAUGUGAUGUAAAGUAUGGUAUGAAGUCUUACUGCAUGGAGUACUAUUUUGAGCUUGAGACACAUGGAAAAAGUGAUUGGUGGAAAGAUGAAGUGCACAAUUUGCAACUAUCUUUUGGAAUUACAGAGUUCUUGGUUAUCACUCCAUUAAGUAUGAGUGGUGUUAUCCUAGACGCUCCUGAGGCUACCAAACUUCUUGGUGCGGUUGCAAUUGCUUUAUCAAACUGUGGCAGUGCCUGGCCAGCGUUUGUUCCAGUUCAUGAUCCAACACGGAAUGCAUACAAUGGUAUUGAAAACAUUGGAAUGUGUUUUAGUCGGAGGUUUGAGACAGAUCGCAUUGGGAGCCAGGUUCCUAUAAGGCUGAUGCAUUUGGAGGGACUCUAUGAGUUGUUCGUCUCAAAAUUUGCCUUUGUGACAACAGACUUGACAUUCAAUUUCUUCAAAGUCCACUUCACGAUGAGGUUGACUUACAGAACACCCCCUAAUGAUGGAGAUGAAGAGCAUGGUGAUGAAUCUGAAACUGUCAAAUCCAGUGUGGACAUGGAAGGUCCCAUGCACAUCAUAAAACAAUGGGAUGAUGACUGCCCUUGGGCCGAAUGGUAUUCUGCAGAAGAUCCUGUAAAAGGAUUUGAAUUGGUUACAAUAUGGUCAACAAGGAUAGUUGAAAGUUCCUUGGAGAUGGCUGAAUUCGAAAAUGCUUCUACAAAAGAAGCUGACAAGUGGUUUCUGAUGCCCAUUGUGUUUUCAUCAGUGAAUGAUGGCGCUAAAACCAAUCAAGUUGGCUUUGCAUCCCAGUUAAGCCUUCUAUUAAGUGCAUUUCGUGUCUCCUUCGAAGCAGAAUUUAUGGAAGAUUUUACAUCAGUUGAAAACCAUGGAUCUGAUAAUUUGAAGUCCUCAACAACAAUACCACCCCCAACAGUUCUGGACCGUGUUCUUAAAGAACUCUUUCCUUCAGAGGCACAAGUAUCUGGCCAUGGCGAACGUGAACAUAAGCACUCUAAAUCUAUUAAAGGCGCUCCAUUAGGAUCUCUGUUUGCUCAAUUCUGUCUCUACUCUCUUUGGUUCGGCAAUUGCAAUAUUCGUGCGAUCUCUGCACUCUGGGUAGAAUUUGUAAGAGAAGUUCGCUGGUGUUGGGAGGAGUCAAAGCCAUUGCCGAAAAUGCCAGUGACUGGUACUAUUGAUUUGUCUUCAUGCCUUAUACAUCAGAAACUACAAAUGCUUGCACUAUGCAUUGUGAAGAGGGACUCUCAAAAUCAAUUCUUUGAUUGUGAUGAAGAUGAAACCAGUAUACAGAAUGAAAAUAUAAAGGAGUGUCUAGAUGAAGGUGAUCUUGUUCAGAAGCCUAUGCCCUUGAAGAUGAUAGAUGGAGGAUGCAAAAGUGGUACUAGAUGGGAUGGAGACACCUCUCAAGAUUUACCUCUAUCACCUCGUGUCAGAAGGGGUUCAGCUGGUGUUGUAGCAAAUAUGAUGUUGCUGAAAUCAUACCAAAAGAUGCAUGCUCCUAUAACUCAGGACCCACCAGUUAUGACAGAAGAUAUGCAUGAAGAAAGGCUUCAGACGAUGGAAGCCUUUGGCGAUGCCUUUUGCAAAGGCUCCUCAGUUCAAUUAGAGAAGGAAAUAUUGUCAUCAGACAUGGCUGCAUUCAAAGCUGCAAAUCCAGGUGCAGUUUUUGAAGAUUUCAUCCGAUGGCAUUCACCUGGUCAUUGGGAAACUGCUGAAAAUGGGGAAACUGAUAUACUUAAAAAGAAUUCAACUUUCAAGCGAGGAUGGCCUCCCAAGGGAAGACUUUCACAUAGGAUGUCUGAAUAUGGAAAUUUAUGGCGUCAUAUUUGGAAUGAUGCCCCUGAUUUGCCCGCCUGUGAGCAGAAGCCUCUUUUUGAUCCAAAUCGCGAAGGUGAAAAGAUUCUUCACUACCUAGAAACCCUACGCCCCCAUCUAUUGCUUGAGCAGAUGGUUUGCACUGCCUUCAGAGCCAGCGCGGACACUCUAAACCAGACCGAUUUUGGUGGCAUGAAGCAGAUGAUAGUUAGGAUGGAGCAGCUCUACCUUACAAUCGCAUCCACAUUGAAGACCUUGAGAGCAAGUCAUGUAGCUGACAAAGAAGAGGAGCUCUUCAGUGAUCUUGAUAGGCUUUGCCAUAUCUUUGAACAAGUUGAAAGAUUGCUCAUUUUCGCAGCGUCAAUCCACCGCAAAUUGCAUGCGGCUCCACGCCUUCGUAAUGGAAUUUUCGAUGACUGUCACAAACAUUUCACUCCGAGAAUGGGAGUGGGUUCAGUUGAUUCCAAUAACAAGGAGUUCCACAUCAAGCAAAUGGUGAGCAGGAAUGAGAGAGAAACUGUGGCAAACUUGUUUCCACCACCAACUGCAAAUCAAUCCUGGAGGAAGGUUUUAAGCAUGGGUAACCAACUCAAUGGUCAUGAACCAAUGAAACGUGAGAUAAUAUUUACAGUUUUUGAUGCCAUGAUUGGUAGCCAUUAUGGAACGAGCAACCAAUCUGAUCAAGAGAUCGAGACCCAUAGAAUGUAUAUUUGUGGCACAUCUAAUGACCUUCAGGUGGCGUUAUCUGUCACCUCCUGUGAUUGAGUUUCGUGAUUUGAUGGAGUUAUGGGGUAUGUUUCUCUUGCCCGUUACAUGUAUAAAUGAUUCUUUGUUGCUAUUUUAGUCAGUAUGCUGCUUGUGAAGGGCUCAGAUAAUCACAAAGCAGAUGCUUAGUAAGUAAAUGUUUGGUGUAUCUCGUGCAUCCGGGCAUCUACUAUAGUGGUUCACCCAGCCAAAAUCCAUAAGAGAUUGGAUUUUGGAUCUAUCA